GUGCGCCAAGGGGCAUCAUCCCCCUCCCUCCAGGAGCCCCCCACCACAGGAGAUGGGACAGAUGAGAUGACAGGGCCCAGCCUAUCAGAUGUGAGGGGGCGGAGCCCUGGGGCUAGCUCCUCCUCCUCCUCUUCCUCUGACCAAUGGGAGUGCUGCCGGCAGCCAGGGACGGGUCCCCGUGCUGCCAGCCCCCUGAGGUGGGGUGCGACCCAGCCACCAAGGGUGUGGUGCCAGCCACGGACUCCCCACAACGGCCACCGGGGAAGGUGUCGCGAUUCCGCAUCCAUAGGACGCCGGCCCGGCAGCAGGCCAAUCUCACGCCCAUGGGGCUGCCCCGACCCAUCCGGUUGAACAAGAAGGAGUUCAGCCUGGAGGAAAUCUACACCAACAAGAACUACCGCACCCCCACCGAGAAGAGGACGUUCGAGACGAUCUUCGAGGAGCCGCGGUGGCGGGACGGGACGCUGGUGCUGACGGGGCAGCGCAAGCUGAAGCGGGCGGUGGAGUUCGUGCCGGGCGGGGACUUUUUUUUUCUGACGGAGGCCAAGAAAGGAAGCAGCCGGCGCCUGUCAGCGGAUUUAAAGGGCCCCGGGAAGUUCUCCGCGGCCGGAGGAAACGGAGGGGAGGCUUUUCCCGUCGGAGGGACCGGACGCCGCCACGUUAAAGGGAAGGACGAUUUUAAAAAACCGUCGGAGGAUUUAAUCCACCUGCCUUAA